AUGCUCCCAAUUACAGCGUAUGAAAGUAGCAGCGACUCAGAAGGCUCCUCGGAUACCGAACAACAACAAUCAAGCUCAAUGCCGGCAUUGCCAGGCUUUUUUUCACCAGCGUCCACCAAAGCAGAAGAUCCUGUCAAGCAUCAAGGAAGGAAACGGACAAAGCCGCAUACUGCAAAUAGCUGGGCUACACAUGUUUAUGUCCAAGUGCCAGUUACUGAGGAAGUCAAGCAGAUUGUUGGCCCAACCAUAACAGACGACAUACACUCAAUGAUCCAGCAAGAAGAGGACGAGAUGCUGCAUGUUAGUCUGAGUAGAUGCGUGUUCCUGAAGGAGCAUCAGCUUGAUACGUUUGCACAGAAUAUUCGUGACAGCAUCGCACAGAGCAGCUUCUGUAUCACCUUUGCCGAUGUGUCCGUAUUGACGAACGACGAAAAAACGCGGUCUUUUGUCACUGUCGAAGUUGGAGCGGGGUACAAUGAGGCUGAUGUCACACAAAACGCAAACCAGCUUCAGUCCCUGCUCAGGGCGGUCGACAAGGUCAUGGAGAAAUUUGGGCAGCCGGUGUUCUACAAGCCCGCGCGCUUCCAUGCUAGCAUUGCAUGGAGCUUGACGUCCGCGCCUCUGGAAGCUGCAGUCGGAAGAAUCCCGACAUUAGCGGUAGAUGACCUCACUACCGUUAGCCACAUGGUAUCCAAGGUGGUCGUCAAGAUGGGCAACCGAGUCGUCGAGGUGCCAUUACAGAAAUAA